AUGCUUGGAAUGCUGCCGCAUGCAAAGGGAAAUGCUGCAGGAGGCGCAAGUUGCUUUUAUAUAACUCUGAGGCCUCAGCUUUUUGAACUUGACGAAAAGUAUUCUCUUUUUGGAGAAGUCCUCGAGGGUGUCGAGACACUCGAGCGCAUCAACGCCGCCUUCGUCGACAGCAAACACAUCCCCCUCACGCCUGUGCGCAUCCUGCGGGCGUACGUGCUGGCGGAUCCGUUUUUUUGCCGCGUGUCUCGUUUUGCACUUGGAGACGCCGCAGCAGCACCAGCAGCAGCAGCAGAAGCAGAAGCAGCAGAAGCAGAAGCAGCAGCAGCAGAAGAAAUGGAAGAAUGCGACAAAGACAAACUGGGCUUCACUCCUCCUGCUUCUCCAGAGCCCUUAGCAGCAGAAGCUCUCAGCGAUGAAGAACUUGACGAAAUUAUGGCAAUUGAAAAAGUUGACCAAAAAGAAGCAGAAGCAAGAAAAGUAACUCUGGAAAUCCUGGGGGAUAUUCCCGACGCCGAUAUGGCCCCUCCUGAAAAUGUUCUUUUUGUUGCCAAAUUAAAUCCCGCAACUCAAGACGACGAUUUGCGGCUUCUGUUCUCCCGGUCUGGAAACAGCGCCUGCUCUGCCGCCUCCGGCGCAGCAGCCAGCCCCCGUAAGCUUCCAACAAGUUUGCUGCUGCAGCACUACAAGUUUGCUGCUGCGCCACUACAGGUUUGCUGCUGCAGCACUUUGUGA